AUGGAAAUUUCUCCCCCGCCCGGCACGUUUUGGGGCGGGGCCCCGGCGCGAAGCGCCCAGGGGGACCCCGACCUGCAGGAUUGUCCAUGUCUGUGUGGCCGUCAUUGCGCCGUUCAGACACCCUGGUACGACCAGGGCUCAGCUGGCGGCGAGCGCCUGGGCGUCAGGGAGACGGACAACAAUGCUGGCUGCAGCGGGGAGUACCACGGGCUUGCUCCUCUGCACCACGCAGUAGAGGAUUACUUUCGGCAGCAGGCAGCAGCGAAUAUCCAGGAGCUACCCGGUGCAAAAUGGGAGGAGUCACCAAAUGGCAUGUGUGAGAGCUGCCAUCGCGGCUUCUAUCCCAACGCCUUGACCAACUGCGGACUGGCGGUGGCUGCACCUGUGUCUGGGCAGCCGGCAUGUGGUGUACCUGCAGCCAUGCGCCCGACCUGCACGGUAGGUGCCCCUGUGCAGCUGCAACAGCCAGUGCCUGGGUCGCAGGACUCAGAUGACAUCAGCUAUGGAGCCAUCGACAGGACCACAACCUCCCUCUGCCGCUCGCAGUUCAUGCGUCCCCUUCAUCCACCCGGCCCCCUAGCAACGCACACGGGCAGUGCACAGGUGACUGGUUUACUGAAGGAGCGUAGCCAAGACUAUUACGUUGCGGCUGAAGAUAUAGCUUUUGAGGGCGGAUAUUACUGUAGCCAAACUUCUUGGACGGACUGCGCUGGCGACGGUUGCAUUGGACACGUGCCCGAAGCUUUCGGCGACUUCUCUGGCAAUGGUUACGGUAGCGCAGCGGCUUGCAGUACUUCUGAUAACGGCACUGGUGUUGUGUCCAGCACUACUGCAGCCGGCGCGCCCUCGUCCAUCGUUGUCACCGGCGUGUUUGACGGCCAUGGCGGGGAGAUGUCGGCUCGCUACGCCCAGCAGGCCGUGUUGUCGUACGUCGCCAACGACCGCGAGCUCCACCAAGCUCUUGGCAAUGGCGAUGUGGAGGCCACUGAGGAGAGCCUGAGGGGCGUAUUCCGCCGUGUCGAUUCGGAGCUGCUCUCCCUAGCUGCAGCUGCUGCUGCCGACCCGCCGGCUGCUACAGCCGCUUUCCCCUCCAGCAGUUGCUGCUCGUCCACUUUGUCGUCCUCGGCGUCGCCAUCCGCCGUUGGCGUCUUGCACUCCCCCAACGGUAUUAUCAACGGCUUUUCCAACGGUGUUAAUACUAACGGCAAGGGUGACUUCCACGACGGUACGACAGCCCUGGUCACCCUCCAGUUGGGCGGUUUGUUGGCGGUUGCCAAUGCGGGUGACAGCCGUGCCGUACUGUGCAGGGGAGGCCAGGCUGUACGGCUGUCGCGCGACCAUACCCCGGGGUUGCGAGCCGAGCGGGAGCGCAUCGAGGCGGCGGGGGGUCGGGUGGUGGUGGCGAGGGGGGCAGCACGUGUGUUGGUGCCGCUGGCGGGACGUACGGACGUCAUGCAGGCGCUCUCCGUGUCACGAUCGCUGGGGGAUCCCGACUUCAAGGCCAGCGGCCUCCUGAUCAGCGACCCCGACGUGUCCGUGGUCCCGCUGCUUCCCGGGGAGGACCAGUUCCUGAUCGCCGCGAGUGACGGUCUGUGGGGGCGAGUGGGCGACCAGGAGGCGGUGGACUGUGUGAGGGAGGUGCUGGGGGAGUACUCGCGGAUGUCGUCACCGUCCGCCAACCGCGCCUCCGCCGCCAAGGCCGCCGCCCGCCGGCUGCUCCGCCUGGCGCUCGACCAGGGCAGUGUGGAUGAUGUCACCGUCGUGGUUAGCAAUGGCGAUGUGGAGGCCACUGAGGAGAGCCUGAGGGGCGUAUUCCGCCGUGUCGAUUCGGAGCUGCUCUCCCUAGCUGCAGCUGCUGCUGCCGACCCGCCGGCUGCUACAGCCGCUUUCCCCUCCAGCAGUUGCUGCUCGUCCACUUUGUCGUCCUCGGCGUCGCCCUCCGCCGUUGGCGUCUUGCACUCCCCCAACGGUAUUAUCAACGGCUUUUCCAAGCGGUGUUAA